GCAGGUCGUAGCUGUCCGUCGAGCCUGCACUUUGUUUACGUCCUGUUGUUAGCUGACAGCUGUCGGAGCGCUUUCACCUACAGUAACAACCGUGCCUGCCUGUCUCUGCUGGACAUAUUUACAGUUUGUUCAACUUCACACCGCUUCUCCUGGAUGUCGAAGGUGGCUUGUUUUUAUUGAAUGAGGGGAAGUCUCUAGAUGCAGACGGGAGGAUGAACUCCAUCACCGGCCGGGUGCUCGCCAUCCCCGCUGCCUCUGUCACCAACUCUGGAGCUUCAUCUUCUCGAGCUUUACACGUAGAGCUCACAUCCCAGCAGAGACGAUUGCGUCAUCUCCGGAGCAUCGCUGCCAGAAACAUCGUCAACAAGAAUGGUUCCCCACUGCUGGACACAUACUUCACCCUCCACCUCUGUAUAGGAGAGCGCAUAUCUAGAGAUUUUUACAAGAGUGAAGUCAUACGAGACUCCCUGAAUCCAACUUGGCGCAGCCUGGACUUUGGAAUGCUGCCAGACCUCCUGGACACCUCAGUGUCUUGCUUCGUGGUGAGGAUCUGGGGAGGACAGGAAGAACAGUACCACCUCCUCAUAGAAUGGAGGGUCAACUUGGACGGCCUCAGAUACACAGGCCAGCAGAUUCGAUCCAGGAAUCCAAAUGAGAUCAUAUUUGGAUUGAACGAUGGCUACUAUUCAGCUGACUUUGAUCAUAAGGAUCAGUCGGAGCGGAAGAAAAACAGCCUGCUUCAGGUCGACCAGAGUUCAGUCAGGAACUCCUACAGUGUUUUCUCUUUGCUCAGGCUUCACACAGCCCAGAGGGCCAUCAAGCAGACCCAAGUGACGGUGCAGAAGAUCGGGAAGGAGAUUGAGGAGAAACUAAGGACGACAGCGACCUGCACGGAGCGGAAGAAGGAGCGGGAGUGCAUGCAGCUGCGUAUCGCCGUGCUGCGGAGUGAGCUACAGCGCCAGAGGAAGGCUCUUGGCAGGGAGAUAGACAUGCGGCAGAAGGAGAGGGCACAGCUUCAGAAGAAAGAGGAAGCCUUCUCCGAUCAGCACGAGAGUCUGAAGGAGGAGAAAGAAUCCUUAACCAAACUGCAGAAGGAAUGCACUGCCAAGAGAGAGCAGUUUCUGAAGUCCAACGCCCAGCUCACCUUCCGCUGUCGUCAGCUCCUCUCUGAGCUUUCCUACAUCUACCCCAUCGAUGUGGCUAAUCAGUCAGAUUAUGUCAUCUGCGGAGUGAAGCUGCCAAACUCUGAAGACUUUCAAGCAAGGGAUGAUGGGAGCGUGGCAGUCGCCCUGGGUUACACCUCACACCUGGUCCUGAUGAUCUCCUGCUUCCUGCAGAUCCCCCUUAGGUAUCCUGUGAUCCACAAGGGUUCACGCUCCUCCAUCAAGGACACCAUCACUGACAGACUCACCGAGAAGGAGAGAGAAUUCCCUUUGUACCCCAGAGGAGAGCGCUUUCAUUUUGAAUAUGGUGUCUACUUACUCAACAAGAACAUUGCCCAGCUGAGAUAUCAACACGGCUUGACCACCCCAGACCUGCAGCAAACACUUCCCAACCUGAAGAACUUCCUGGAGCAUGGCCUGAUGGUCCGAUGUGACCGACACAAUGUCUCCAGCUCCAUUCCAGUCCCAGCCAAGUCCCAGCUCGGCGUAUCUGCUGCCUCAGAGACGGGCUACCCCAGCCACACCAGCUCUCCAGACCGAGGCCUGAGAAAAAGGGCGAGCUCGGAGGCUGAUAAGUACAAGUCGACUCCCCCGCCCAGCUACGACACGGCGAUGGGUGAAGAGCAGCCCCCGGUUAGCCUGGCGCCGCCCUCGCCUUCGACCAAGCCCCUGUCCUCUUCCCUCGAUGCCGGCAUGGCCUCGCUUAACGUGUCUGAGCCAACGGAGGCGAAAGAGGAGGGCGAGCAGAAGGAAGAGAAGGAGGAGAGCGGCGAGACGGCAGAGGAGGCGGAGAGCAGAAGCGUUGACAGAGAGGCUGACCUCGAGAAAGAAGAAGAGACUGAGGUGCAGCCACCCAGCAGCACACCUGCACCCAGCUCCUCCACAGCGGGGGACGCAGGCGAGGAGACGGUGGGCACUAGUCAGCACACAGGCACCAUGAACGGCUCUUUGGUACCAGGACAGGUGUCGGGACUGGUUCCAGAGAUGCGCUGCUCGGUGGAGCAAGCAGAGGAGAUCAUGGGCACAGAGGCCACAGGCUUGGGAUUGGGGAUGGGGUUAGGGUUGGGGAUAGGGCUUACAGAUGAGGCCCGUCUGGCAGACUACCGCUGCAUCCCUGUGGAACACGCAGUAGCCGUGGAGUGCGACGAGCAGGUGCUGGGCGAGCUGGACGUGGCCGGCUUCGAGGAGUUCUCCAGGCGCAUCUAUGCACUAAACGAGAACAUGUCCAGCUUCCGCCGACCGCGCAAAAACUCUGAUAAGUGAGGAAGAGGACCUGAGAGGAGAGAGGCAGAAAUGAAAAAAAAAAAAAAAACUUGCACAGAGGGUUUGGACAAAUAUAAGACAGAGACAUAGACUGAGAGGACAAAGGUGGGGUCCCCACUCUCUAAUCGCAGCAUCAAAAAUAUAGGAGCUAUUCUGGAAUAAUGACCAAUUUGCACUUAUUAUAAACAUUUCCAUAGUAAUCUUUUAAAUAAAAUCCAGUUAAAAGUGCAAGUGUUGGGACAGUAAGCUUAAUUGAUUUUUAUUUUAUUUUUGAUGCCAAUAAUAAUAUAUUUUUAAAAAUGAAUACAAAAAACAAUAAUUUAGACAUUUUUAGGCACAGAGGUAUUUGGCCUCUGUGUUAAUUAUUGCCCUUUAUGAAUUAGUGUCAGCUAGUAUAGUUUGUUGUUCCAUAACUGGGGACCAUUAAUGCCAAAACUAACAUGACUCACAAACAAUAUAUAUGACUUGCACUUUGCUUCCAAACCCUUCCUGCAAUACCAGCCUUCAACUUCUUGUACAAAGAAAUCACCUAGACUUCAUUUAUCAUUCACACCCAGAGUGCAGCCUCAGUACAUCAGGGUAUUUACAUGUUUCAAUGCAGCAGCUCCAAAUCAUUUUCCUUAUCAGUUUACCUCAAGUUUCACUUUGACAACAGAGGCUUCUAGAGAUGUUUUUUUGGGGCAUUUCAUCAAUUAUAAAAUCUAUAAUGCAGAUAAGAGACGCACAAGCAGAGAGCGAGUGCUUUUUAUCAAAGUGGAUCAUCUUCAGUCACUUGUAAGAAUCAGAGCCUGCUGUCCCAGUACUUCAACCUUUGACUGUACAAGCAGAUGUUUAGAAGCUUCCCAGGUCUUCAUGCAGUGUGCAUGGCAGUGAGCGUGUUUGCAGGAGGGAGAAGGUGGGCUUGCAUAAGACUGUGUGUGUGUGUGUGUGUGUGUGUGUGUGUGUGUGUGUGUGUGUGUGUGUGUGUGUGUGUGUGUGUGUGUGUGUGUGUGUGUGUGUGUGUGUGUGUGUGUGUGUGUGUGUGUGUGUGUGUGUGUGUGUGUGUGUGUGUGUGUGUGUGUGUUCACAUUAGCAUGCAAACACAGUUUCACAAAUCACAGUUAGGUUUGAAAAGAUCCCACCAAUGACCUUUCAGCUAUGUGAUACAAUAAAGCGAGGUGGGAGGUUGAACCAGUAGCCCAAUCAGAGACUCCCUAACUGUGACACAACACGCUGCAUCUACCCUCCCUCCCCCCCCCCUUUUUCGACAGGGCAACCCACCCGCCGUUCUCCACGCAGGGCCGUGUUCCUCCUUCAGGUCUUAUGACGAGGAUCACAAGAGGGGCAGGUCGGAGCUUACAGCACAUGGCAGGGAUAUGGUGCAAUUGUUUUUCUGUCCAUCUCCAUGUCCUCUUUUUUUUCUUUUCUUUUAUUUCUUUCAUUGUUUUAAUGUACCCCAUCCAUAUUAACAUCAAUGUUAAUGUCAUGUCCACUGAUCCUCACCUUCAGUAGACCAAAAAAUUGAAUUCUGUCUGUACUCUGUUGGAAUGUCUCACUCAGGCUCUACUGUAAGUGUUAAUAGCAAGUGUCUCAAUCCCAUUGUCUGUGAUUUUGUCCCACGUCUCCCUGUCCCCAAUGCUUUCUUGCACUGGUAUUCAAUGGCAGUUAUUUGCAUUAUUUAUGUCAUGUCGUGUGUGCUUUGUUUAAAAAGAAAUCAAUAUUUAGUUUCUAUUUUCCCCUGUGAUAAAAACUUAUGUGACGUUACUCAUUAAUAUUGUCAAACGUUAGACUGAUAUCACAGCGAGUGUCCGGGUCCUGAUGUGGACAGCUGCUUUGCAUCGCCCGCCAUUACAAAGAUUGACUCUCCACUGGCAGCCCACUCUGUGUUUCAGAUCCAGUACUGUGGUUACUGACUGUUGAGAGAUAUUGUAUUUAAAACUGAAAAAGAUGAACCAUGCUAGAUCAUUUCCAUAAAUUGCUAUACAGUUCAGUAAGUGACCAUGUACAUAUACUUUUGUAUGGAGGGUUUCUUUUUGUUAUUAAAGACUUGCAGUCCAACGGCAUGGAUGUAUGUAGCCCCU